AUGUCGUCGGCUCAGGAGCACUUUGCUAAAGUUGCCUCGGUCUACGAGAAGGGAACGGGAGGCGCGACGCGGAGAGUCGCAACUCACCUUGUGCAGCUGGCUUCACCCAUCAAGGCAGAUGCCAAAAUUCUGGACAACGCAUGCGGCACGGGGGUGGUCAUCGAUGAGCUUCUCGCGGGCGUUUCGGACGCCGCGGUGAGGAAUUCUCUCAUGUUCACGGUUACUGAUGCUGCCGCCCCGAUGGUUGAGUGCCUUCUUAGCAAGAUAGGAACGCAGUGGGAUAUCCCUGCCGAUCACGUCACGGCUCUCACUCUGGCUGCGGAGGACCUUGAUGGCAUCGCAUCGGACAGCUUCGACUAUUCUUUCACGAAUUUUGGCUUUUUAUUCUUCAAAGACGCAGAAAAGGCUGCGAAGCACAUAUACCGUACCCUGAAGCCCGGAGGUCGAGCAUUCGUCACUUCCUGGAAAGACCUGGGCUACAUGCAGGCAAUAGAGAAGGCGGCCGUCCAAGUGCGACUGCAUCACCCACCGCCGCACCUUCCCUUUGACACGGCUUGGCUCGACUCCGCACAUAUCAAGGACGUCUUUGAGCAAGCAGGCUUCCAGAGCGUGGACGUGCACCAACAAGCAAGCUCGUACGCGUCAGAAUCAGUCCCCGCGCUCAGCCGUUCGUUGGUGGGAAUGAUGGAGGGCAUGUUGAAGAUGCAGGGAUGGUCGGAUAGUGAGGUGGAGAGCCUUCCUCCAGAGCUCGAGCGCGCCAUCGAAGGAUUGGCUGACGCGCUCGUGAUUGAGCCAGAUGCUGCGUGGAUCAAAAUGAUGGCACACGUAGCCGUCUGCGUCAAAUAA